GUCGGGGAAUGAGCUCUCGUUAAAUUUAAAAUGAUUAAUAAAACGUAAUUCUUGAAUCAGGGUUUCGCUAAGAGGAAUCACAGUUCGCGCGUUUCCAGUUAUGCAUGAAGUUUCGUACUGAUACUGUACGUACAAAUUUAAUCUAAAUGAAACUCUACUUUUAUCAGCACCGUUUUGCCAGUACAAAUGUAAAAGGUUUUGAUUUGCAACGCUUUGUACUUCGUGGAUGACAUUUUCUAAGUAGCCUAGUUAGGACGAUAAACAUGAACAAAUUGGCUAUAAAGCGUUAUAAAGAUUUUGGUAGGUUGGCUGCUCUCUCGUAGCCAAUCUUUAUAACUAAACAGCUGGCUCUGUAUAUUAGAAGUACAAUUUAAGCUCAUCUUUAGGCUAUAUAAAAAAUUCAUUUUUCGGAAAAAAAAAAAAAAAAAAAGGAAGCAGCAACGGUCAGUAGCCUAUCUUUAUUGUUACUUUUUAUUUUCGUUUGUUUAUUUUAUGUUGAACGACAUAACAAUAGGCUAUUUAGUGUUGUUAUUGAGAUAACUAUUUAUUGAUUUCCCCCCCGUUUUAACAGUGUUCAGUAAAUAGCUUGCGUUUAGGUUUCCGUCACUUAUGUGGGAUAGCUUAGUAAAUAUUAUUAUAUCCAAUAUAUAUUUCUCGUGAUGGAGUACAAGGUAAAUGUGUAAUAAUGUUUGAACAUCAGUCAAGAUAUCUACAGUGUCCUUGCAUUAUCGGUAUCCUAUCUACCGGAUGCCCUGCGGUGGCAUGUCUAAUCGACGGAGGGCACAUUGCGCUUUGAUUUCCUGCGCUUCGCUGUUGGCCAGUACAAACAUCUUCUGCGGAUCCUGGACUGUGUGAUUGUAGGUAGCCUAUCAGGUACUGAUGGGCGCGACAGAUUUUAAAAAUCCAUACAAGCUGAUCAUAAAGUGAGCGAAACAUGCCAAAUAACGAGUUGAAGCCGAAACUUAGAUAACGGUUAGUCUACAUCAAUUUACAGCUUUCUCCCCUAAAUGACAGACUGCAAAAGCGCUCUAGGUAAGUGAAGUGAAGCGAUUAAUUUACGAGAAGGCUGUCACGAGUCAAAGGCAGGUGAGACGUAGACUGAUUGCCUGUAUGUAUGGGCUCCCACUGAUUGUCUGCCGCACGAGCUGAAUGCGUGUCCCUGUUGUGUCCACGACAGAUCACCAGCGUCCACUCUGAACAAGGCAGCUCUGUUCACUGAGGAGCCACGAAACUCGAGAUCACCGCGACCCCGCUGGCGUGUGGACAGCUUUAUUUCAAGUCUACUAAAACCAAGUUUUACUUUAUCACCUCUAUGAAGCCAGAGAUAAAAAAGCCGCCGCAUCUUUGGAUCUGACAGAUUGCCUGAUCUUCACUAAUGACUGAGGACAUCGAAAGAAGGAACCAGAGGAGACACAAUGCCUAGGUCUUUCUUAGUGAAGAGCAAAAAAGCGCACAGCUACCACCAGCCACGAUCUUUGGAAGAUGACUACAACAGACUUGAUACUAUUUUAGCUCAUAUAUGUGCAGAAAACAAAACUUCAGACGAGUCAGAGUGCUGUACGGAUGCCCUGACAGGCGACACGACUGGUGCUUGUUCACCGGACUCUCACCUGGUGGAUCAAGCUGAGUCUCCUCUCAGCUGUGAGGGAAGUGUGUGCGACCGCUCGUCAGAUUACGAAGACCUUUGGCGACCUCCAUCACCAUCAGCAUCACCGGAGUCAGCAAAAUCCUUUUCACCCUCCGUUGAGGAAACACAGCCUUUCGCCGUCCCUUUCAGGCCUUACGCGUGGAGCAGGUACUCGGGAUGUGAAAUCAGACAGCUGGUACAGCAUACUCUCAAUCAUCACCAUUCUCUCGAGCGGCCUACACCACCAGCCUAUUACAAUGACCGCGUGGCCGAGCCCUCUCUUUUCACUGAACGAGGAUCUGGCGCAGGUAUUUACAGCUCCACUGCCACCCUAUUCGAGCGCGCCACUGCCUCUGGAUUUUAUGAUGACAGCAGCAUACUGGGAAAAGGAACUGAGAUAAAAUCCAGCUCUGAUGUUAUGUGUAGUCGUCUCCUGCUCAAUGGCGCAUACAAAUGUAUAAAAUGCAGCAAGGUGUUUUCUACACCACAUGGCUUGGAAGUUCACGUCCGGAGGUCGCAUAGUGGAACAAGACCUUUUGCUUGUGACAUCUGUGGGAAAACGUUCGGACACGCGGUCAGUCUGGAACAACACAGAGCUGUUCACUCACAGGAGAGAAGUUUCGACUGUAAAAUCUGUGGGAAAAGUUUUAAAAGAUCAUCCACUCUGUCCACUCAUCUUCUCAUACACUCCGAUACAAGACCCUACCCAUGCCAGUACUGUGGAAAGCGAUUUCACCAGAAAUCAGAUAUGAAGAAACACACAUUCAUCCACACAGGGGAAAAACCACACAAAUGCCAGGUGUGUGGGAAAGCUUUCAGUCAGAGCUCCAAUCUGAUAACGCACAGUCGAAAACAUACUGGAUUCAAACCGUUUGGAUGUGACCUCUGCGGCAAAGGAUUCCAGCGCAAGGUCGAUUUAAGAAGACACAAGGAAACACAACACGGACUGAAGUUAGGAAACAUUGCUUCAUGAGUCAAAGGACUUUACCAAACACUAUUGGAAAACCCAUCGGAACUUUAACAUGCUUUUUAAUUUAACAAGCUACAAAUGCUCAUUCAUAAAACAUUAAAUCACUGUUUUAGAGUAGGCGACUAAUAGCGUUUACAUUAGUUGUGGAGCUGUUUAUGCUUUGUGAGAUUUGCCUACGAGUCAGCAGCAGGCCAGCAGGUCUGGCAGCUUUCAUGGUGAUAUUAUAACAGGGUAUCACCAGGUAUCUUGAUUCAAAUCAAUAGCCCGCUGCAGAAACAUGUCAGGCACAGUGUCUGAACCCAAAAUAUUAUCACCAAAAUAAUCAGGGACGAAAUAUAACCGCCGCGAGAAAGGACACUGUAUCACCCAAAAUAUCAGCUGAAGGAGAGAAAAAUCACCGCAUCUCAAAAGAAUGUCACUUUGUUUUCAACGCUGCAAAGGGGAUGCUGGCAAAAUAAGCACUACAAUAGACUGCGAGAUUUCAUCAAUAAAAGGAUUGUUUGUGUACUAUAGCCCAACUUAAAUUAUUUGGCUUGUCGAACCCUUUCCAGUCAUCAUUUUUUUCUUUUCUAUUAUGUUCGUUUUCUUUGACGUAAAUAAAUUGGCUACAAUAGCUUAGGCUAUACCUUGUUAGAUAAAUUAAAUUGAUAAAUAGCCUAUUUGUUUUUAUAUAAUUUACACUAUUUAUUGUAAUAAAGAAUAUUACGAAGAGAUAUUUCUAAUGUGUUUUUUUUUCUUUUCUUGUGUAAUCAAAGUUUGUUUCGUACAGAUUUGUAAAAUCUCUGCACUGCGCGCAUCUGAUAAAUUAUUUUGUGAUCAUAUCAUUUCAUGAUUAUAAAUGAAAGCAUUUCAUUAUUUUAAGCAUUGGGUAUUUCAUUACUUGUUUAAAAUAAAUAUAUAUAUAUUUAUUCGCAACAGAGCUGUGGGAAAGUUCACGUGUCAUGUUUUUCCAAUUAAUGCAUUCGCAUUAUCUUAUAUUUUCAAGAUAAUAAUUAUUGGAAGCACAAAUAAAUAGCAUAAGUUAAUGUGAAUCAAGAAUUAUUCGAUAUUACAAAAGAAAGGAAUGAUAUAAUGAAAAUAUUAUCUAAUAAUUUAAUAAAAGACGAUUGAUCAACUAUUUACGUCUUUAUAGAACCAAAUCUUAGUAUUUGCUGUAUAGGUUGAGUGGAGACCACAAAACAAGUGUCAUAAAAUAGCCUAGAUUAAAUUGAAGACCAAGAAGACUUUAUGCUCAUUGUAUUAUUCUUAAAAAUGACACGCGCGCGCGCGCACAAUAUUUUUCAUCUAAAGCUCGGAGUAAGAUUUUCACAUCUGUCCAUUUAGUUUCAGACGCUGCUUUUAAUUUUCCCAGUUAUCUUUUCCACAGUCUGAGAAACACAUGCCGCAUUUAAAAUAAUUGAAAGCCCUAGCUACGAUUCGUACAAUUUAUUUGAUACAUAAAAUGAUUUAUAAUUGCAGAAAUUCAUUACUAUGGCGGAGUAAUAAACUAUUAGUCCUCAGAAAUAAAGUCUAACUGAACAAAAUCUUCAAAAAAAUAAAAAAUAUUUCUUAUAUAGAAAUGUAAUUAUUCCUGUUUUUGGAUGCAGAUGUUAUCAAAUCAAACAGCAGUUGUCUCUUAUCUUGCCAUGAAAAUAAUUAUUCCCUUUUAUUUACACUGUAAACACUCUUGGAUCUCCGCUGUUAACCAAACUAAGUGUAAAUAAAGGGAGUUUAUUCAGCAGAAACAGUUCACUCUAUGCCCGCGGAAUAGGGCGGGUCAGUGCUUUCUGCUGCCCUGCAGUCUAAAAUGGCCCGAGGAUAUAACGUCAACUUAUCUGGUUCUGGCACAGUGAAGGUAAAUAAUAUACGGUUUAAAAUUUGUUUCCAACAACCGCACUGCAUACGACGGAGAAAAAAACUUUAUUUCUCAUUUUCCAAAAGUACCCUCAACAUUUUUCGAGAUGCCAUGAUAUUAAUUCUGUGUUAGACGCACAAGUUUUUGUAUAGUGGGGAAGGAGCAAUCAAAGAUUGAAAUCACUGACUUUUUAUAGCUUAAAUCUCACUACAUUUGGGCCCGCGAAAAUACUGAAUAUUUUAAAACCCCGAAGAUUUGACUGAGAGUAACAAGAAAAAUCCAUAUUUAUUCUAGGGAAAAGAGAGAUAAGCACAUAGCUGUGGGGUCUACAUGUCCUGCUGCUGUGAGGGAAAAUCGAACAUGCAGGAAUUAGGAAAAUAUUAGGAAUAUAAUCUGCUCUUUUUUUUUUUUUUUUUUUUUUUUUUUUUU